AUGGAUACCGAAAGCAAACGUGCACAUCAGGCGAAGCAAAUUGAAACCAUACACAGUUAUGUGACUCGGUGGAUGAUAAAGGAAUGCAAAGUUGACGCGUGUGUUGACUGUUUCCUACGACGCCUAAGUGAAAUACGAAAGCCGGUCCCCGGCUUUCACGGGCCCGACCUCCUAGAUUUCAACUCAUUUGAGGGCGAAGAGGCACACAAGCUGGAGAUGAUAGUGCAGGAGCUGCGCACUAACUUUAACAACUUACUUAUUCAUUAUCCAGAGCAUGAAGGUAGUCUUCUGGCCAAUGAGAGGGUCUUGAGACAUCUGAAAGGCAGACUGAAUUUCCUGUUGCAGCAUAUGUCAAUGCUAUCAAGAGAUACGCCACCCGAGAAGAAAGACAAAGAAUUCAUUCAGGCCAUGCAAGAUGUGCUCUUGUCGAGUCGUAUCCGACAGCUGGAAGAUUAUCUCCAGACAGAUCAACCUGAAUCGUCUGCCUUGCAAGAAGGUUCAUUGGAAGAGACAUGCCGCCAGUUACGGGACUCCUUUCAAGGGGAAGCGGCUUCAGCAUCUUUCGUAUGUGGAGGUGAGAUACCACUGGGCACUGCCACAUCGCUCUCUGCGCCUCCACCAGUGCAGCUUGUAUGGUGGGCUGGGGAGCAGCCGGCGGGAGACCGACGACUCAUCCUUCCCCUCGAUGAUGCUACCCCCGAGAGUAGUCUCGAGAGGCUUCGACAUCUUGUCGCAGACUGUGAGCCUGCAUCAUUUGGUAGGGGACAGGAAGAUGUUCUCGAUCCUGCGUACCGCAAUGCAGGAAAACUUGAUCCCACCCAGUUUCUCACAAACUUCCACCCUGCCGACUUCGGCAUCAUCGAGAGUGUGGAGAAGAUCCUCCUCCCCAACGUUGGCACAAACAUCAAGGACCUUGUGCACUGCCGUAAACUCACAUGGGAGCUUUACAAGUUGAAUGUCUAUUCUGGGCCAUCGGGAAUCUUCCAGAAACACGUCGACACACCCCGGGCGGAAAAUCAAAUUGCAUCUCUUGUCGUUUGUCUCCCAUCCCCGUUCAAGGGUGGGCAAUUGUCUGUCCGGCACAACAACCGAGAAGUCGAAUUCGAUUGGAGCUCCCGGAGUUCCUCUUCCAUCCAGUGGGCGGCUUUCUACACUGACUGCGAGCACGAGAUCAAACAGAUCACCGAGGGAGAGCGCAUAACAUUGACAUACAAUAUUUAUGCGACAGACGCAUCUGGAGAUAGUAAUGUAUCACCAAAUAACAACGCUAUCAAUCCCGAAACACUGGCACCGUAUAGAUUUCUACGAAAUCUCAUCCAACAACCUAGUUUUAUGAAAGAAGGCGGAGUUAUAGGUUUCUACAGUUCCCAUGCCUAUCCACACGCAUCAGAAGUCGCCAAGACACAGUUACCCAGUGCCCUGAAAGGCUCUGACAUUAUCCUGUACUCCAUCUUCAAAUCACUCGGGAUGAAUGUGGACGUUCUGCCUAUUCUUGACGUUGACCCCAUCCACGAGUCCCAUUAUUAUGAUGCCUUGAUAGAUACUGAGUACCAAGACGUCGCGCGCCAGUGGAAAGUACUAUUCGUAUCUCGUCGAGUCAAGGGGAUGGACCAUUUAGCGGAUUACGCCCGAGCCUGUGGCUAUCCCCUCUGCAAGGGGGAUCCGUACGCGACGGUCAGGGAAAUAAUUGGCACGGAGCGCCAUGCCUAUCGCGCCACAGAUCUCUCGCAGGAAUACGGCAUGACCAUGGAAGAAGUCAUGUCCGAUUGGUCCUCCAGCUACGUAGCAGGUGUUACUUGGAUCAAUGAGCCCGCUCAUCGCGAAAUGGCGCUCAGCUACAUAGCGUAUGGAAACGAGGCUUCCAUUGAUACCAUGUACUCAUCUGCUGCUAUCUUGGUGAUCAUUCCACCCUACGAAGAGCGUCAGGCUUUGUUGUCGGAACGGACGUAG